CCGCUGCACCGCCGUCGCUCGCCAACGCCGGCGCCGCCUCUCGCUCGCCGAGCUCCAGCCGAAGGAGAAGGCGGGUAAGUAGGGAGGUUUCUGUACCAUGGCUCGUACAAAGCAGACUGCCCGCAAAUCGACCGGGGGUAAAGCUCCAAGGAAGCAACUGGCUACAAAAGCCGCUCGCAAGAGUGCGCCCUCUACCGGAGGGGUGAAGAAACUUCAUCGUUACAGGCCUGGUACUGUGGCACUCGGUGAAAUUAGACGAUAUCAGAAGUCCACUGAACUUAUGAUUUGCAAACUUCCUUUCCAGCGUCUGGUGCAAGAAAUUGCUCAGGACUUCAAAACAGACCUGCGCUUCCAGAGUGCAGCUAUUGCUGCUUUGCAGGAGGCAAGCGAGGCCUAUCUGGUGGGCCUCUUUGAAGACACCAACCUGGGGGCGCCUGGGUGGCUCAACACCAACCUGUGUGCUCUCCAUGCCAAACGUGCCACAAUUAUGCCAAAAGACAUCCAGCUAGCGCGCCGGAUACGUGGAGAACGUGCUUAAGAAUCCACUAUGAUGGAAUACAUUUCAUUUUUU